AUGGGAUCCAAAGGUGAUAAAUUGGCCCUGGAUGUGGAGAAAACAGCCAUAACAUGGACUAAUUACAUUCAUGGAUGGCAGGAUCGAUGGGUGGUUCUGAAAAGCAACACACUCAGUUAUUACAAGUCUGAAGAUGAAACGGAAUAUGGCUGCAGAGGCUCUAUCUGUCUGAGCAAGGCUGUGAUUACACCCCAUGACUUCGAUGAAUGCAGGUUUGAUAUUAGUGUGAACGACAGUGUUUGGUACCUCCGAGCUCAGGACUCAGACCACAGACAACAAUGGGUGGAUGCAAUAGAACAACACAAGACUGAAUCUGGCUAUGGAUCAGAGUCAAGUUUACGACGCCAUGGCUCCAUGGUGUCUCUUGUGUCUGGAGCAAGUGGAUACUCUGCGACGUCCACCUCUUCAUUCAAGAAGGGCCAUAGUUUACGUGAAAAGCUUGCAGAAAUGGAAACCUUUAGAGACAUCUUGUGCAGACAAGUUGAUACUUUACAGAAAUACUUUGAUGCCUGUGCAGAUGCAGUUUCCAAAGAUGAACUCCAGCGGGAUAAAGUGGUAGAAGAUGAUGAAGAUGAUUUGCCUACAAUGCGUUCUGAUGGGGAUUUUUUACAUAACAGUAACAGCAGUAAGGAAAAACUGUUUCCACAUGUGACACCGAAAGGAAUUAAUGGCAUAGACUUUAAAGGAGAAGCUAUAACUUUCAAGGCAACUACUGCUGGAAUACUUGCUACGCUCUCUCAUUGUAUUGAACUCAUGGUAAAACGUGAAGAAAGCUGGCAAAAAAGGGUAGAUAAGGAGGUAGAAAAACGGAGAAGAACUGAAGAAGCAUACAAAAAUGCUGUGACAGAACUGAAGAAGAAGUCCCACUUUGGAGGGCCAGACUAUGAGGAGGGUCCUAAUAGUUUGAUUAAUGAAGAAGAAUUCUUUGAUGCUGUUGAAGCUGCUCUCGAUAGACAGGAUAAAAUGGAAGAACAGUCCCAAAGUGAAAAGGUGAGAUUACACUGGCCAGCACCCUUACCUUCUGGAGAUGCAUAUUCUGCUGUGGGGACUCAUCGAUUUGUCCAAAAGGUGGAAGAGAUGGUACAAAACCAUAUGACAUAUUCCUUGCAAGAUGUAGGAGGAGAUGCCAAUUGGCAGCUAGUGGUAGAAGAAGGAGAAAUGAAGGUAUACAGAAGAGAGGUGGAAGAGAAUGGUAUUGUUUUAGAUCCUUUGAAAGCAACCCAUGCUGUUAAAGGGGUAACAGGGCAUGAAGUUUGCCACUACUUCUGGAACGUUGAUGUUCGUAAUGACUGGGAAACAACAAUUGAAAAUUUCCAUGUUGUGGAAAAUUUAGCUGAUAAUGCAAUCAUCAUUUACCAGACACAUAAGAGGGUGUGGCCUGCUUCUCAAAGGGAUGUGCUAUAUUUGUCUGCCAUCAAAAAGAUACCAGCAUUCAGUGAAAAUGAUCCUGAGACGUGGAUUGUGUGCAAUUUCUCUGUGGAGCAUGACAGCGCUCCUCUGAACAAUCGAUGUGUCCGUGCCAAAAUAAAUAUUGCUAUGAUUUGUCAGACUUUAGUAAGCCCACCAGAGGGAAAUAAGGAAAUAAGCAGGGACAACAUCCUAUGCAAGAUCACUUAUGUAGCUAAUGUGAACCCAGGAGGGUGGGCACCAGCAUCAGUGUUACGGGCAGUGGCAAGACGAGAAUAUCCGAAAUUCUUGAAGCGAUUUACAUCAUAUGUGCAAGAAAAAACAGCAGGAAAGCCUAUUUUAUUCUAGUGUUAGCAGUGCUAAGAACGAGACUGAGUGAGCAUUCCACUUUGGAGAAGUGACCAUGCAUAGAGCACUCCAUUCUGGAACGAAGGAUCUACAGUCUUUUUAAUAGCCCAAGUUCUAGGCUUUGUAUACGGAAGUGAAGAAGUCUUGCAACACCAUGAGGCUGAAUAUUUUAACACUAGCUCUCUCCUGCUAACUUUUCUUGCUGAAUCAAAGUGUAGUUAUAAAUACAUGUAUUGAUAACAUGUAUAUGGCUCUAUUUUUAUUUGCUUGCUUUAGAAGAACACAUACAACUUUGAAUUACCAAUGGGGAUUACUGCUUUACUUUUAAAGAACUUGCAGAAUUUCACUGUCAGCCUUCCUAAGAUAUCACACAGUUUUUGUGCAUGUCUAAAAAGCACAAAAGACAAAUGCACAUAUAGCAUCCUGUAUGUGCUUUAUAUGCACAAAAAUCUAUGCGGUAUUUUGGUGGAAGGAGAAGGACUUCAGCAAAGCCUAUGUGACUUAUUGGCAGGUUUUGUUUUGCUUUGUAUAAUCACAGUUCAUUGCUGCUGGUUUCUAUAAUGAAUCAUCUUGUUACAGAAAAUGUCAGUUUAUAACUGAGGGCUGUCAAUAUCAUUAUGACUUUGCCUUUUGUAUUGUCUUACUCUUAUGAAGAUCUUUGGUUCUGAAGGAG